CCUGUCACUUCAGGAGAUGGCAGGGAGAAAAACUGCACUCGCUGUGUGUCUCCUUUUCAGCUCAACCCUUUGUUUGCCCACAGAAAAAAUAUCAGAUUACGAUGUGGACGGUGGACGGGACCUGGACAUUUUUGACAUAAAUGAAGAGGCAGGACUGAAUCUUGCAGAGGGAGACAUUGUCCUCGAUGGGAGGCAAACUCGGAACUCUAUAAUAGGGGAUGAGUACAGGUGGCCGAAGACGAUCCCGUACUACAUGGAGGAUGACUUGGAGAUCAAUGCGAAAGGUGUGAUUCUGAAGGCGUUUGAGCAGUACAGACUCAAGACCUGCAUCGACUUCAAGCCCUGGAGCGGGGAAUCAAACUACAUUUCUAUUUUCAAAGGGGGCGGAUGUUUCUCCUCUGUGGGUAACCGGCACGUUGGCAAGCAGAGGUUGUCCAUUGGGAGAAACUGUGACCGCAUCGCCACCAUCGAACACGAGUUCCUUCAUGCGUUGGGUUUCUGGCACGAGCAGUCCAGAGCGGACCGUGACGAUUAUGUCAGAAUCAUGUGGGACCGCAUCUCAGACGGCAGAGAAAACAACUUCAACACCUACAACGACACCACCUCCAGCUCGCUGGGCGUUCCCUACGACUAUGGCUCCAUGAUGCACUACAGCAAAAACGCCUUCCGAAACGGCACCGAGCCCACCAUCGUCACCAAGAUCCUCGAUUUCAGCGAUGUCAUCGGCCAACGCAUGGAGUUCAGUGACAGCGACCUGCUCAAGCUGCACCGCCUCUACAACUGCACCACCACCGACACCACUGCAGCCACCACCGACACCACUGCAACCUCUGACGCCUGCAUCAACGUGCAGUGUCUCAAUGACGGGGUCUGUGUGGAGGUUGAGAGCAAAGCCGCUUGCAGGUGUGCGGUGGGUGAUGACUGGUGGUACUACGGGGACACUUGUCAGUACAGGGGCUCCGUUAUGGAUAAAACCACCCUGGCGCUGACCUCUUCUCUGUCUGUACUGGCAGUCAUGCUGCUGGUCACUGUUGUCAGCGUCAUCUGCGUGAAGAAGAAGUAUAAGAGACACAAGGGUGACAACAGCUUCAUCAUGGCAAAUGUGAACGCCCCAGAACAACCAUAAUCACAGACACUGAACUUUGGACAGACAACAGAAACAAAAAAAAUUUGAAAUAAAAUAAAUCAGCUGAAUAUUUGUGUAUCUUAUACAGCAGGCUUCAGAUUCAGAUUUAACUCAAGUGCCUCAAAGGUAAAACAUCAUAUACUAUAUAAUAACAUAAUCUGAGAGUGCCCC